UGCAACAGAAAGGACAGUAGAGUGAACGAGAGAGAGAGAAAGGAAAUUGCCUCUCUAGACACGAGUUAACCUGAGAAACUUAAUGAAAGCUAGUGUUAAAUAAGAAAGUAACAUGUCUGGUAAGUCAGGCGAAAGAGAGGCAUUGGUUUAAUUUCAGGACGAUUAAGGGGAAAGAGGGGUAAGAAGAAAAAAGAAAGAACUUGUAGUCCCGGUUCGCCGGUCCGGUUAGUUUCGACCAAUACCCGCUAGGAAGCAGGUUGAUCGCCAAACCUACCUGUUACCUGUGUGCUUAGCCACAUAGUCCAUCAUAUAUAGAGCGACAUGGAGGAGCAGUGUGUGUGUGUGAAGACUGUGAUAUCAUUUGUGCAGUUCAUGUAAACACGUCAUAAUAGCGUGUGGUCUGUUCACAAUCAGUUAACGCUCUAACCUCAAACAGACGUACGUGGCGAAAAUCGUCAAUUUAAACCGUUAUGAAUUUUAAAAGUUGGAAGUAAUUCACAAGUAACCCCGGUUCUUAUAAUCGAAAUGCCUCGAUGACUGCUUUAUAUACUUGUACAUAAGAUCAAUAUUAAACCUAUGUCCAAUAAUAUUCCUAAUUUACAAUUGACGUAAAUAUGUUCAUUUUUAAUAUAAAAAUAUAUACACGUGUGAAAAGUGUAAACUAAUUUAAUGAGUGACAUUUAUUAUGUGUGAACAUAUGAAACGACUUUCUAGUGUUUAAUUGACCUAUAUGAAAUUGUUCGGCUGUGACCUUAUUGAUAUGUGUCAUGUUCUACACCCGGCGUUGCCACUUGCUGAUGUUAAACUUCUAAAAACAUUUACAUAUGUAACACAACUAUCAAAAAAGUGCUAACUUUUUUUUUUAAUAUGAAGGGGACAGUAUAAGAAAUUUCUGAAAAAUCUUUAAUAGACUAUACAAAAUAUCAAUUGCUAUUGUUGAAUUUCAAUAUUUGAAGUGUGCGAGAAGCGUUCUGAGAACAGAGAUGUCAGAUGUUUACUAGUCUUGAUUUUCUUACAAGGAUUAAAUGAAAUAAGAUAUUGAAAGUUGAUGUGAUAGUUACAGACGUUAAUUAACCUGCAUUAAGGAGAGAACUGGCAGCUGUACUACAUACAGACUUAGAAACUUGUAUACAGAUUUCAAAGAAUAGCGUCUUCACAAGUGGAUAUAUUGAAGAAUCAAGGAAGAGCAAUGGAUCACUUAAAAUCGUUGAAUUGUUUUUGAAGAUAUGCUUACGUCAAUAAGAGCAGUCUUGAUACGAAGCAAAUGAACGCGAGAGGCGGAAAACAGAAGAGACUUUUACUAUAGGCCAUAAAAAAUGACAUGAGCUGCAGCCAUUACUGGCAUGGCAUGAGCGGAACUGAGCCACAGCAAGGAUUUGUGUUUGAGACUCGGACGACACUCUGCAGACGCCCAUAGAGCUGCUCACACUCCAAGAUUCGAGCUGGCGUAUUAAGAGGACAAGGUCAGAGAAAAGGCGUCAGAAGUACCAUCCUUCAGACAGGAUGAAGUCCGCGGAUCGAAUGUCAGGUUCGGAUGAAGGUUCCGGAACUCCUGACCAGGACCACAAUGUCGCCUUCUGGCCAGAGGACGAUGAAGAAAUUGAAGUUGACUAUAUGCAUCUAGGUUCCGAGGAUUCUGGAGGAAAGACAGGAGACGCAAAAUCUCGUCAAGACUGUUCUGAUAGUUCAGGAAGUGAGGGCCCUUCACCCUCUAGGAAACAGUCACGACCAAAACGGAAAGGAUGCAGUGGAAGCGUGAAUGGUGGCAGUGGCAGGAGGAGAAAGUCAGGAAUCUCAGCGCGGGAGAGGAACCUGAGGAGACUGGAGAGCAAUGAACGGGAGCGCAUGAGGAUGCACUCCCUUAACGAUGCGUUUGAGCAACUUCGAGAAGUCAUACCACAUGUAAAGAUGGAACGUAAGCUAUCGAAAAUAGAAACCCUGACAUUAGCAAAAAAUUACAUCAUGGCACUCACUAAUGUAAUAUGUGAGAUGAGAGGAGAAGAGAAGCCAUACACGUUCCUGGAUGUAGACUGCGGAUCUAAUUCAAGCACAAACGGUAAUAACAGCAGUGGAGAACAAGGUCCUGAGGAAGACAUGGCAGAACCAAAUAAUAAUUCCCUAUUCCAAGAAAACCUAGAACAUAGAACAAUGACAGGGACUUCAAGCAUAUCAAUACAGGACAUAUGACAUAUGCUCUGCCUUGGAAAAUCUGCAUGUUGCUGUAGUCGGUUGAUCAUCUCAGGGAUUCUUUCGACAUUCUUUGUGAGAAUCCAAAUUAGUGAAAUACGUAAUGUUAGUUACCAAUAUGAUGCUAAAAUUUGCCAAAACAGGAAGUUAACACAGUCAAAUUAUUUUUUGAAUAUUUAUAUCUCUUUACCUUCACAACAUUGGAUUCCUUGAGGGACUGCAUUGAGAUGGGGGUGCGCAGUGGACCUUCUAGUGGUCUUGAGUACUUGGGAAACGGGAAAUAAUCCCCGCCCCUCAUAUCAGUGCAGUACAACAUACAAAACCCACAAUAUAUUUCUAUGUUUUGUGUUAAAGUUUGUGAAGAAGAAACGAAGAUGAAGAAAGAAGAGAUAAAUAUGAGACUUGAAGAUGGGGAACUUGGGACUAGGAACUGGACUGAGCCUCACUAAGUGUACAUGACAUAAUUAAUAAUCGUAAGAUAUCUAAGUCAAUUUGUUUCCCAGUAUACAGCACUAAAACACAAAACUAUAAUUCUUGUUUCAUCACUUGAUAAAUUACAUCCUCUCUGUAUAAGAAAGCAACAAACAAUGUUGUAUUUUGUUUUGUACCAUGGAGUUAGCUUAGUACACUGGGAUGAUAAAACAAGUUUAUGCGCAAUAGAUUCCAUCAGAUGUAAUGUAUGAUUUUAUACAUCACUACUUUAACUUUUCAUACAGCUGACUGCAUACAGACAUCACGCAUAACAUCACAAUGACAUCCUAAACGUGGUCAGGAAUGAACACAAUAAAAGUAGACUUUAUAGCAAAUAGUUCAUUUAGAUGUUAUGUGCCAGUGUUCAACCAUAGAUAAUUGAGUUGUUAACUCCAAUCCUUUAUUCUGGAGAUUCCAGAUUUAGUUUGACCCAGAAUUUGACUCAGAUUUUUCAUUCUUUUUUUCAGUUCCUCCAGUAUAAAUCGAGGCUAAUAAAUGAAAGGGGAUUGUAUAAUUUCCUUUCCCGUCCUUCCAAAUUCAUCACUUAUAGUCAUACAUUUGAUACUGUAUAUCCCAAGAGGUUAAGAAAGUGUCACUAAUAAAAUAUUAUGCAAUUUGCAUAUGAAUUAAAAUAAGACACAUUGAUAGUAAUAUGUAGUCUGGCAGUAAGGUUCGCGAACUCAUUGGUAAAAGUGCUACAUACCUCACUGCUGAAUAUCACUUCAAAGUCCUCCCUUUUGGAAGAUAUGCAUCGAUGCCAGCGCUUAGUCUACCUUUCAGAACAAUUUUGGAACAGGUUUUUGCAGAAUGCCCUUCAGAGCUGCUGUUGUAUUACUCCUGAUAUCAUCAAUGUCAUCAAAAUGCCUUCCUUUCAAUAUUUUCUUUAUCUUCGGGAACAGAAAAAAAUCACUGGGGCCAGAUCCGGUGAAUUGGGUGUUCCAGCACAGUUACUUGUUUACUAGCUAAAAGCUCCCUCACAGACAGUGCCAUGUGAGCAGGUGCAUUGCUGUGAUGCAAGACAGCAAAACGCCCUCAGAUAAUAAUAGAUACUAGUCAGAAAGAGACUGCCAUAGAUCAACAGCAAUACAGCUGUGAAAAGCUGAUAUACCAACAUCAUCAAACUAUAGCGAGGUCUCCAUCCACUGCUGCCACUGCAAGCACACAAUGACGAGUUCACGAACUUUAUUGUCAGACCUUGUAUGUUGUUUUCCAAAACACGUCAUAUUUCAUUUCAGCAUGUACGAGUAACUUAUGAAGUGAAAAUGGUUUUGCUGUUAACAAAAUAAGUUGGCAGAAACAGUCAGGCCAUAGCACACUGUCACACUGUGAGAACUAAACCAGUCAACAUCAGUCAAACUCUUGCUAAAAAUACUGUUUUUCCCCUCAUAGAUCUACUAAACUGUCAAGUCACACAGUUAAGAUAUAUGGUUUUGGACCUAAGAGAGUUAAAUGCUUUGUUUCAAAUAAAAAGUCCAACUGUAACAAUUACACAGUAAUUAACAAUAUGAUAAUAGUAAUAAAAAUCUGUUGAUAAUUAAUCAUAGAUUCAGUUCAGUUGCAUUACAGCCUAUAACAAAUUCGAGCAUCAUUUCAAUUUUACACCUUUCUCUUCAUAACUACACUACAAAACACUUCUAAUCCAGCAUAUUUCUCAAUCCAAAUUGUUUAAUCAAUAUUUAAUCUUUACUGAAAAUUAAUUUCUGUUCUUUCAUCAGACCAGUUCCAGAGUCCUGUCAGGUUACUAACAAAUAUAAGGAUCCAGUGAUAUACAUAGUUUCUAUUUUAUUAUUUCUUUACUUCCUAUCUAUUAUCUCAUUUAAUGAAGAUAAUGAAUGAAAUAAUAAUAUAAGUUAAUGAUUAAAGAUGUAAAAAAGUGGCACACAGAAACAUCCUCUAAUGGUUCCUGUGACCUCAAGAAUCAAGAGUACCAAUACUUUUAUUAUUUUAAUUUAUGAUGUAAUCUGUUGUAAAGAAUAUGAGAUGUAAAAGCAGUUUAGAGGACUAUCACGUAAGAAGGAUAAAACUGUUAUGCUGCCGUCAUUUUAUAGACAUGUUUAGUGAGAACUUAUUGUUAUAGAUGUAAAAUAUUGCAUAUAACUAGAAACAAUGUGCCAGCUUUAUGGCACAAAGGGACAACAAUUAUAAAAUGUCACCAAUUCAGCAAUACCUGUUAAACUGUUUAUAAAACCAGUGUAUGUGUUUCAAAUUUUAUUUCUGGCCAUAUAGUAUACUGUUAACCAUGACUUUCUUCUGGUGGUCCAAAAUGGUUCCAUGUUUCAACACUAUUUCCAUAAAACACGGAUGUUUAGAUUUUAUUCAAAAUUAAAGAAUAAUAGAAGUUGAAAUAAGGAUGUUUUUAUUAUUAAUAUGUCACUAAAUUUUUACAAUUCUGGACAUACUGGUGAGAGUGUUUGUUGAAAAAAGUAAGAUUGCUUUUCUUUUCCCCACCCAGGGUACCUUACUAAAAAAGUAAAGCAUGCUGUUAACCAACUUUUUGUCUACUUUCCAGAACAUAGAUAUAUAAAAAUAAUUGUUUCACAAGCUCUAGGAUAUGAGAGUCAAUCAAAGGUGGUUAUGAAGAGUUUUGUCUUCUGGAAUGUAACACCAGGUAGUCUGUUGAGACUCAAUUGAUGUUUCAGAUAAACAUGAUGCCUCCUUCUUCAGGGUCAAAUAAUAUGCCAAGGAAGAAACCAGCAUGAUGCAAAUAGCAUGUAAAGUAGGUAGCGUUUAACAGACUACAUGGUAUUAUGAAAGACAGAACUAUUUAUUUUACAAGUUGUCUCACGUGUUCCUGAAACAGGGUUCUUAUGGUUUUGGGAUCACGCAUUGUAAAUCUUUGAAACAAUACCUUUUUGAAGAAA